AUGUCUUCUUUGAGCUCCUCAUCCGACGGUGUUCUUGACGAUAUGGUUAUCACAAUUACGCAGGAGGCGAUAAAUUAUUUGCGAGAAGAAGCCGAAUCCUCUGCAUCGCGUACCAGACAACCGCCUCUUGAACGGGAUCGGUUAGGUGCUCAUGAACAUCUAGUGCAAGAUUAUUUUUGUGAAAAUCUGUUGUACGAUGAUGGUCAGUUUAAGCGUAGGUUUUGUAUGAGCCGACGACUAUUCGUUAAAAUUUCUAAUGAUCUUGCGGGCGAAUUCCCUUUUUUCACGCAAAGAGUAAGUGCAAGUCGCAAAGUUGGUUUCUCGGGACUACAAAAGUGUACAGCAGCAAUUAGGCAACUAGCGUACGGCACAACGAGUGAUGCGUGGGAUGAAUAUUUAAGGAUGUCUUCAAGAAUGUCUCGUGAGUCUCUUGAAAAUUUUUGUGAAGGUGUUAUCUCUCUGUACGAGAGACGAUAUUUGAGGAUGCCAACCGCAGCCGACGUUCCACUUCUAUACGAGGCCCAUCAGCGCAUACACGGGUUUCUUGGAAUGUUGGGUAGUCUUGAUUGCAUGCACUGGGAAUGGGCGGCAUGUCCAACCGCUUGGAAAGAGUAA